AUGAAUUGUCCUUUAAUUCGUCAUGUAGGGAAAGAACCAAACUCCUCACAUAAAAUUGCUGUGAAAUGUUGCGAGGAUUUAAAGAAUUAUUCACGACAUAUUGACAAACUAAUUGAGAAACAAACGUCAAAAGAAUUAGAGAAUAAUCGGUUGCGGCUCAAAACCUCAAUAGAGUGUGCUCGAUGGCUAGCAUUCCAAGCUUGUGCUUUUAGAGGUCAUGAUGAAAGCCUUAAUUCAAAAAAUAGAGGUAAUUUUAUUGAAUUGAUAAAAUUCACAUCAACUUUCAAUGAUAAAGUAGCUAGUGUUGUCUUGGAAAAUGCUCCAGGAAAUGCCAAAUAUACAUCACUCACAAUUCAAAAGGAGAUUUUGCAUAUUCUUGCUAGUGAUGUGCGAAAUGCUAUUCGUGAAGAAAUUGGGGAUGCAAAAUUUUGCAUUCUUGUUGAUGAAGCCCGGGAUGAGUCGAAGAGAGAGCAAAUGGCCAUCAUUUUGAGGUUUGUUGAUAAAGAAUGUUUCAUUAAAGAGCGUUUCUUUCAUGUUGUGCAUGUUAGAAACACUACUGCAUUGACUUUAAAGAAUGAGAUAUGUGCUGUCAUUUCUCGUUACAACCUCCACAUUGAAAAUAUUCAAGGUCAAGGAUAUGAUGGGGCUAGUAACAUGCGUGGUGAAUGGAAUGGAUUACAAGCUCUUUUUCUUAAAGAUUGCUCAUAUGCUUAUUAUGUACAUUGUAUGGCUCAUAGGUUGCAAUUAGCUCUAGUUACAGCAUCUAGAGAAGUAAAAGAUGUUCAUCAAUUCUUUGAUCAUUUGGUUAAUAUCAUCAAUAUGUUGUUGGUUCUAGUAAGCGUAAUGAUGAAUUGCAACAUGCUCAAGCAGAACAAGUUGAGAAUAUGA